AGGAAAACGUGUCGUUCGAUUUCCUUUUUGCUUUUUUUUUUUUAAUUCUUUGGCUGAGAACGAAGCCCUCAGAGAUCGGAGCCGCUCCACCACCUCGAUAAAUUCUAACCCUAGCACUCGACGGAAGCGGAAGCGGCGGCGGCGGCGGCGGCGGCGAUGAUGAGAUCGCCGAAGCCUGCGCCGGAUGAGGACAUCCACCACCGCAUAGCUGUUGGCACGGCGGGGCGUCGGAAGGGCACCGUUAACCGGGCGUGGUUGGUGGUGUCGGACUCCGGAAGGUCGUACCAUGAGGAGGUCGGGAAAUAUUCCAUUAUGCGGCGGACGGGCCUACCUGGCCGCGAUCUGCGCGUCCUCGAUCCCCUCCUCUCUUACCCGUCUACCAUCCUUGGCCGAGAACGCGCCAUCGUCAUCAAUCUGGAGCACAUUAAGGCCAUCAUAACCGCCACCGAGGUGCUCGUGCCCAACUCGAAGGAUCCCAUGGUUGCCCCUUUUGUCCAGGACCUGCAGUCCCGAGUCUUCAGUUCUUAUGGCGCUCCUCAGCAGGAGGCUGGUGAGGGUAGUGACAUAGAUGGGGACGCUAUGGGUAAGGCAUCACCAUACUCUCCUUCGCUUCCUGUUAACGGUGUUGCAUCCAGACACGGAGUUGAUGCAUCUAAACAAAAUGGUUCUCCUGUUAGUGGUUUACCAGAAGGCAGCCCUGAGCUUGGGUUAGAUGUACCAGUUGAUGGGAGGAUCAACGUGGUACCUUUUGAGUUCAGAGCUCUUGAAGUCUGUCUUGAGUCUGCUUGCAGGUGCCUUGAAUCAGAGACACUAACCUUGGAAAAAGAAGCUUAUCCAGCCUUAGAUGAACUGACUUCAAAAAUUAGUACUCUUAAUCUUGAGCGUGUCAGACAAAUCAAGAGUCGCUUGGUGGCAUUAUCAGGGCGUGUGCAGAAGGUCAGAGACGAACUGGAACAUUUACUUGACGAUGACAUGGACAUGGCUGAGAUGUAUCUUACGGAUAAACUUACUCAUCAGCGAGCUGGUGAAUCUUCCUCGAGGAUUAACUUGGAGAAUGAUGCAUCUGAGCAGGAAGAUGGGGAUGAUGAAUUGGGAGUUGAAACAGAAAGCAGUCAAGAAAGCUUAGGAGUCUUAAAGCCCAAUAUUGAGGAGCUGGAGAUGCUUUUGGAGGCUUACUUUGUGCAGAUUGAUGGCACUCUUAACAAGCUCUCUCAUACUGACGUGCCUAUUUAUUCUCUUGGGAUGCAUGAAGUUGAGGGAGUAUGUUGACGACACAGAGGACUACAUCAACAUUAUGCUGGAUGAGAAGCAAAAUCAACUGCUGCAAAUGGGAGUCAUGCUGAGCACUGCCACUGUGGUGACCACUGCUGGUGUGGUGGUUGUAGGUCUAUUUGGUAUGAACAUUGGCAUUGACUUAUACAGCGCUCCCUACCACAAAUUCUGGGAAACAACCUGGGGCACUGUUGUCGGCUGUGUGAUUCUCUAUAUUUUAGCGAUUGCAUUCGGUAAGAGGAGCGGGUUGCUUCAGUGACAGGCAUUUCCCUGUAGAUUCCUGUAAAAUGAAUGGAAGGAACCUAUCAGUUUCAUAUUCGAUCCGAACUCAACUCAGCUAACUGAGAGGGAGCUCUGUGAAAGUGCUUCCGAGUUCAUUCCAAGUCCACGGUACCGUAUAACAUCUAUUCUUUUGGGUUGCCCUUGUAGCUUCUCUGGAGAAUGUUAAUAAAGGUGUUGAUAGUGUGCUUUAACUACUUAUUUGUUAUCAAAUAAAAGACGGACUUGGGAAUUCUAUGGCAUUGCUAAACUUUUUAUCAAUAAGAAAGGGUUAUUUUUAUCGUCGA